CUGAGCUCAGCGCAGCCUGAUCCCCCCCUGCCUGGUAGAGCGGUCGCCCACCUGGAUCACAUCUGUCAUCUGGGAUUCACGCAGCAUCAGCUGCAUCACAAUAGCACGCCCAGGCCACAGGAGGUGCCUCGAUGCCCCUUCCCACCAGGGCAUGAGCAGGGCCUGGUGGCCCUACGCAUGCCAACAGAGGGCACGGGGGUCCCCUGGCCACUGUGAUGCUGUUGUCGAGUUGCUGGGGUAGACCUGAGAUUGAACAGCCCCAGUGUGUGAGAGAACAUGGAGGAGUUUUUGCUUACCAAUGGCUACCAGCUUGGCAAAACCAUUGGGGAGGGAGCUUACUCCAAAGUGAAGGAGGCCUUUUCCCAUAAGCACCAGAAGAAAGUAGCAAUUAAAAUAAUUGAUAAGAGCGCAAGUCCAGAAGAGUUCAUUCAGAAAUUCCUGCCCCGGGAGCUGCAGAUCGUCGAGCGCUUGGACCACAAGAACAUCAUCCGCAUGUACGAGGUGCUGGAGUCUGCAGAGGGGAAGAUCUACCUGGUGAUGGAGCUGGCCGAGGACGGGGACAUGUUUGACUACGUGGCACACAAGGGCCCCCUGCCCGAGCACCGCGCCAGGGCGAUCUUCCGCCAGCUGGUGGAGGCCAUCCAGUACUGCCACAGCUGCGGGGUGGCUCACCGCGACCUCAAGUGCGAGAACGCGCUGCUGCAGGGCCAGACCGUGAAGCUGACGGACUUCAGCUUUGCCAAGCGGCUCCCUGCAGGCAGCCGGGAGCUGAGCCGCACCUUCUGCGGCAGCAUGGCCUACGCGGCGCCCGAAGUGCUGCACGGAGUGCCUCACGACAGCCGCAAGGUCGACGUCUGGGGCUUGGGCGUCAUCCUCUACGUCCUGCUGUGCGCCCAGCUGCCCUUCGACGACACCAACAUCCCGCAGAUGUUGUGCCAGCAGCAGAAAGGCGUCUCCCUGCCCAGGCACCUGCGGGUCUCCAGGUUGUGCCAGGACCUCCUGAAAAGGCUCCUGGAACCAGACAUGGUCCUGCGGCCCUCGGUGGAGCGGCUCAGCAGGCACCCCUGGCUGUCCAGACCCUGAGAAGCGCUCGCCCCGCUCCCUCCCGCAGGGAGGAAUUGCU